AUGUCGGAGGGCGCUGAGUACCUGGCGCGCUUCCUGGAGACGGCCGAGCAGCACUUCAUGGUGGGCCAGCCUGUGGUGUACUACGUGUUCACCGAGGGCCCGGCCGUCGUGCCCCGCGUACCGCUGGGCCCGGGCCGCCGGCUGCGCUGGGAGCGCGUGGCGCGCUACCUGCGCUGGCAGGACGUGGCCAUGGCGCGCAUGCGCGCGCUGGCGCUGCACGCGGCGCUGGGCGGGCGGCUGGGCCGCUAGGCGCGUUUCUUACGCUGCGUGGACGUGGACCAGCACUUCAGCGGGACUUUCGGGUCCGAGGCGCUGGCCGAGUCUGUGCCGCAGCUGCUCGCCUGGCACUACCGUUGGCGGAGGCGGCUGCUGCCCUUCGAGCGGGACGCGCGCUCGGCCGCCGCUCUGGGCCCGGGCGACUUCUACUACCACGCAGCCGUGUUCGGGGGCAGCGUUGCAGCUCUGCGGCAGCUGACGGCCUACUGCGCGCGGGGCCUGCGAUGGGACCGCGCACGCGGCCUGGAGGCGUGCUGGCACGACGAGAGCCACCUCAACAAGUCCUUCUGGCUGCACAAGCCCGCCAAGCUGUCGCCCGAGUUCUGCUGGAGCUCCGACGUCGGCCGCCGGGCAGAGAUCCGCCGCCCCCAACUGCUCUGGGCGCCCAAGGAGUACGCCCUGCUGCGCGGCUAG